AUGCAUUCGCUCGAGGGAAAGGUCGCCAUUGUCACAGGAGGAGCGCGUGGUAUUGGAGCGGCCGUUGCUCUGAAUCUCGCCGAGAUGGGCGCUAAUGCAAGACGGAUAGUUGCCAUCACAUUUGUCUCGGCCUCGAGUGAAUCCAAGGCCGAGGACCUCGUGGGCAAGAUCAACAAUCUCGGAAACGGGGCACGCGCCAUAAAAAUCCAAUCGGAUGCAGCAACUAUCGACUCGCCCAAGACAGUCGUUAGCAAGACACUGGAAGCCUUUGGUCCUAGCAUUGACGUCCUCGUCAACAAUGCCGGCACAAGCGUCAGAAAGGCGUUCCUCGAAACUACAGUCGAGGACUUCGACGACGCUAUCAACGUCAAUCUACGUGCUGCGUUCUUCAUGUCCCAAGCCGUGGUUCCGCAUCUUCGCCGCCCAGGCCGCAUUGUCAACAUAAGUUCCAUCGUAUCUCGGACUGGAGGACCUCUCUACGGGGUCUACGCUGCGUCAAAGGCGGGACUGGAGGGUUUUACUCGGUCCUUGGCCGCUGCUGUAGGCCCUUACGGGCACAGUGUGAAUGCAGUUCUGCCUGGGCUGACAGACACAGAUAUGUUGACGAAGAUCACGGAAGACGAGGAGUCUGCCAAUUUCCACAAGAUGGUUGCGGCUGCUACGCCAAUGGAGGGACGGGUGGCAUCACCGGAGGAAAUCGCGCGUGUCAUAACGUUCCUUGCUGGGCCGCAAAGCCAGUGGAUUACUGGGCAGUGCGUCAGUGCUACGGGGGGUUUGUUGAUGGUUUAG